ACGGAAUUUUCACAGUAAAUGUCAUAAACAACAUGUACCACCAAAACCCUGCAGCCAAAGCUGGCUGCACGAGCGGCUUUCGGAGGCAGCGCGCACAUUUGCCGCUGCUGCGUAAACGCCGCGUGCGAGCGUGGCAGAGGCAGUGAGGCGUCAUCACGGGCCGCUGAAGCAGGACCCGCGGCGGGGGAGGGGGGAGUCCCUCCAACUACAAUGUUGGGACGGCCCUUUCAGUCUCUCGCAAACCCUCGCACGCGCCGCGGGCUCACAGAGGCCCCGGGGUGACACCGCGUUCGUCAUGCGCCGCGCGGGGUGAUUGGGCAAACCCGGACUUGGAGUGCCCGGUCAUCCUGCUGGACCCCUUGACCGUCCCACGCCGCGACAGCCGCGGCUCGCACCAUGACGAAGGGCAAGAGCGUGCGGGGCCACCUGGGCGCCGGUGCGGGCCUUCACCUGCUGAGCCGCGGCCUCCUGCAGGCGGCCGUCGUGUCGAGCCUGAGCCCCGGCGAGCUGCUGGCGCUCUCGGGGGUCUCCACGGACCACCGCGACCUGGUCAUCAACGUGGGCGGCGCGCGCUACUCCCUGGGUCGCGAGGCGCUCCGCGACUUCCCGCUGGGCCGCGUGCGGCGGCUGCGCGACUGCGUCUCGGAGGCCGAGGUCCUGGAGCUGUGCGACGACUGGGACCGCGACUCGAACGAGUACUUCUUCGACCGGCACGCCGACUCGUUCCGCGCCGCCGUGGGCUACGCGCGGCACGGCCGCCGCCUGCGCCUGCUGCCGCACAUGUGCGAGCUGUCGUUCCGCGGCGAGCUCGCCUACUGGGGCCUGGACGGCCACGCGUGCCUCGAGCCGUGCUGCGUCAAGAGGCUCGACGAGAGGAUGGCCGAGUGCGCGUUCGGCGCCGCCGCCGCCGACGCCGAGAGGCGGGAGGCGGCGGAGGCGGCGGCGGCGGCGGCGCUCUCCCCGACGCCGCCGUGGCUCGAGCGCAUGAGGAGGACGUUCGAGGAGCCCGGCUCGUCGGUGCCUGCGCACAUCCUGGCCGCGGUGUCCGUGCUCUUCGUGCUCGUCUCCGUGGGGCUGCUGUGCGCCAGCACGCUGCCCGAGUGGAAGGCGAGCGAGCGCACGGGCAGCGCGCACGACAACAGCAGGAUCAUCGAGGCGGUGUGCAUGGGCUGGUUCACGGCCGAGUGCAUCGUGCGCUUCCUCAUCGCGCGCGACCGCCUCCGCUUCUUCCGCCAGCCGCUCAACGCCAUCGACGUGCUCGCCAUCUCGCCCUACUACGUGGCCGUGGCGCUCGCCUCGGCCGGCGCCGACACCCCGCAGCUGCAGCGCGCCGGCGUGACCCUCCGCGUGCUGCGCAUGCUGCGCAUCUUCUGGCUCCUCAAGCUGGCGCGCCACUCCGUGGGCCUGCAGACGCUCGGCCUCACCCUGCGCCGCUGCUACCGCGAGAUGGGUAUGCUGCUCAUGUUCGUCGCCGUGGCGAUGGCCAUCUUCGCCGCCCUUGCGCAGCUGCUCGAGGCCGGCCUCGACGUGGACGGCCACACGUCGGACUUCGCCAGCAUCCCCGCCUCGUGCUGGUGGGUCAUCAUCUCCAUGACCACCGUGGGCUACGGGGACAUGUUCCCCAUGACGGUGCCGGGCCGCGUGCUGGGCGGCGCGUGCGUGGUGAGCGGCAUCGUCCUGCUCGCGCUGCCCAUCACCUUCAUCUACCACAGCUUCGUGCAGUGCUACGGCGAGCUGCGCCUGCGCGCCACGCGCAGCGGACGCAUCCCACCGAGUCCCCUCUUCAUGGACACGGACGGCUAGAGGAGCGCGGGGGGGGGGGAGAUGCUGACACUGACUCUUGAGUUCCAUGCCUCGUCACAAACUCCCUCCCCACCCCACCCCGAACCUCCACCACCUCGUUCAUCGUGAACUGCUCGCGGGAGACAUUUGCGUGAGCAGUGGGGGUGGACUUGACCCGAACUCUGGCAUGAGCCUCGUGCCCCCCAACCCACCCACACUUGCUAAUGAACAUCGAUCGUCAGUGGUGAAGGUUAUCUAGUUACACGGGUGGAUAUCGGCGUGGGGGGUGGGGAGGGAGUUGACGUUGGCACGUGGGCCCCUACGGAGACGCCCUUUGGGAUCUCUCGCAGAGGGAGGGCGUCGCUCCGUGCGGGAGAACGGCCCGCGGAACGAGACCCGCAGAACUGCUCGCGAGGUCGCUUAAAGUGACCUCUCAUCCGCACGAGCGCUGCCCCCCCCCCCCCCCCCGGCACCAUUCAGAGGUGUGUCCUCGGGGUGGCUGGAGAUGCCCUCGAGUUGAGGUCAAAGAGCUCCACGCAGACGACCACGGCUCUUGUGAUGUCACCGCCACCGCCACGCUGCGCCAUCGCUUCCUUCCUUCGGCCAGGUCCCCUGGAAGCCGUUGUGCAGUCGACACCCUGGCCUUCUCGUGCUGCGCCCUGAGCUUCACCCCCCGCUCAAUACGUAGCACUGAAGAUGGUGGUCGUAGUUGUGGAGGAGGUGGUAGUGGUCGUAGUUGUGGAGGAA